GUUAUUAUUUUUAACUUUAUUUUUUGUGUUGGUGUUGUUUGUAUGGAUCAUGGAAUGGGAAUUGAAAAGAUUUGUUGAUUCAAUAUUAAGAUGCAGGCAAUACGAUCUCGACAACAUUGGUCGCAACAUGCGUCCGAGACUAAAAUACGUGUCUCCCUCGUCGGUGGUGAACCCAAGUUUCUGGAAUAAACUAACAGAGCUGAAACUCGAUGUCGACAGAUUGGAGGAAACCGAAAGGCCCCUUUGGGGCUACAUGCAUUUUAUUAACAAUGAUAACCUUCCAACUACAUUUGUGGAAGUUGACAGUACCUCAUUCAAUGAUGAAUUCAACAGCCAAAACAUUUAUAUUCCCCUCUAUGGAAAAAUUGCCAACAAAAAUACAAUUGAGCAAUUUAGGCAGUGCAAUAAACUAACAUUUCUACAACGGGAAGGUGCCCAGUUGUUUGAAAAAAUUGUUUCAGGAGAAGCUUUGGAUGAACCUGGAGUACUCAAUUGUUUCGUAAUAUUAGCUUAUGCAGAUUUAAAAAAAUACAGCUACCGGUUCUGGUUUGCUUUUCCUGUCCUCAACAAGGUAUUUAUAGAAAGGCUACAGACUCAUCGGAUUUCAAAUGAAUUUACUAAGGAUGAGAGAUUGUUGAUCCUCAAUGAAUUUAUGAAGUUAGACAACAUGCAAAAACCGUACUUUUUAGUUGAUACAAGAAUAACGUCUAGAAAAAAACAACUAUCUGUUAGACCUAUAGCAGACAUCAUAAAUAUUUCGUGGAGAAUGUGGACAUACAUUUACUUUGGAUUCUUGAAUAUUUCCAGCAACAAAAAUACGGUUGGAUCUCAACUCAGAAAUUUUGUGGCACUAAUAGGAUAUUACUGCCCCUAUUUGGAGGAAACAAACCAAAAAUUUCUUGCUCUCCGCUGUAAAAGAGAGACAGAAGGGCCAGAAGGCUCCCAAAUUAGUAUUGAACACUCCUCAGUUCACACACUCAGGAUACCCUGGGUGAGUGAACAUGAUCGAAGAUCAUGUACUGGCUGGGAGAAGAAUUUCCAAGAUAAGUUGGGUCCCAAAUUGGCUAAUAUGAGGAACUUGUUGGACCCCUUAAAAUUGGCCGAAGGCUCAGUAGACCUCAACCUAAAACUAAUGAAAUGGAGAGCAGUGCCGGACAUAGAUCUCGAAAAAAUAAAAGACACUAAAUGUUUAUUACUAGGCUCUGGUACAUUGGGCUGUUCAGUUGCACGAUCCCUUCUGGCAUGGGGCGUUCGAUAUAUAACUUUAGUUGACAGCGCUACCGUUUCCUUCUCAAAUCCUGUACGUCAAAGUUUAUUUACCUAUGAGGACUCUGUCAAAAUGAGAAUCAAGUCUGAAGCAGCUGCCGAACGACUUAGGGACAUUUUUCCAGGAGUGAUUUCCAAAGGUGUUCACCUAACAAUACCAAUGCCGGGUCAUAGUGUUGGCCCAGAUUUGGUGCCUCAAGUUACUGACAAUAUAGAACGUUUAAUUGAUCUGAUCAAAUGCGCUGAUAUUAUAUUUUUACUUAUGGACUCCCGGGAGAGCAGAUGGCUGCCUGCUAUGUUGGGAAACUUCUUUGGCAAGACUGUGAUCAAUGCUGCUGUGGGUUUCGACAGCUACUUGGUAAUGAGGCAUGGCUACAAAAAUGAAGCAGCUGGUGCACCAAGUACAUCUGAAGUGAAUGGCUACAGAAUAAUUCAAGGACAUAAUUUGGGUUGCUACUUUUGUAACGAUGUCAGAGCACCGGGAGAUACAAUGAGUAAUAGGACACUAGACCAACAAUGCACUGUUAGCAGACCUGGAGUUGCGCAAAUUGCUUCAGCUUUAGCUGUAGAACUUGCAGUGUCAAUACUCCAACAUAAAGAAGGUCAUAAUGCUCCUGCUUUCUACAAAAUGUCAAACCAGGGAGAUGAGCGAAACCCUGAAGCAGAAAACCCAGGGCUACUAGGUCUGGUGCCGCAUUCGAUUAGAGGAUUUUUGUCCCAUUAUGAGCAAAUCAUCCCUGCCACAUUGAAAUACAACCAAUGUGUAGCUUGUUCUGAUUUCGUAUUAGAAGAGUAUCGUAACCGCGGAAUGGAGUUCUUAUUUUUGGUUUUCAACAGUUCCAAGCAUCUGGAAGAUGUGACCAAGUUAACUGAUAUGUUUUCUCAGCUCAAUCCAGACGACGUGCUCGUCGAAUUGGAUGAUGAAACUUCUGACUGAACUUUGAAGAAACUAUUGUUAUAUAAAUAUAUCUUCACUCUUCCCAAAUUUUUGUUGUUGACUAUUUCGUUGGUUCUAUCUAAAAUUUGCUGCUUUAACAUCUAUAAAAUAUAUUAUUCACAAAAGACGAA